AUGAAGAGCUUGCAUGUUGCGGAAAACGGCGGAGAUCUGGCCGGAAUACUCGCCGGAGACGCUGAUGAGGCAGUUUUGAUGGAUGGAAUGAAUGAGGUCGGUAGAGAGAUCUGGCUAGAUGACCAUGGAGGAGACCAUAACCAACACCAUGGUCAUGAAAAUGAUGAUUUGAUUGUUCAUCAUGACCCUUCAAUCUUCUACGGAGAUCUCCCAACGCUUCCCGAUUUCCCAUGCAUGUCGUCAUCAUCAUCUUCUUCAACAUCUCCAGCUCCUGUCAACGCAAUAGUCUCCUCAGCAUCUUCUUCUUCCGCAGCUUCUUCCUCAACUUCCUCGGCUGCUUCUUGGGCUAUAUUGAGAUCAGACGGAGAAGAUCCAACUCCUAACCAAAACCAAUACGGAUCAGCAAACUGUGACGACUCUUCCGCUGCAUUGCAAUCCACAGCUUCCAUGGAGAUUCCGUUAGAUAACAGUCAAGGUUUCGGAUGUGGUGAAGGUGGUGGUGAUUGCAUUGAUAUGAUGGAGACUUUUGGGUACAUGGAUCUACUCGAUAGCAAUGAGUUCUUCGAUACUUCAGCCAUCUUUAGCCAAGAUGACGACACCCAAAACCCUAACCUGAUGGACCAAACUCUGGAGAGGCAAGACCAGGUCGUUGUUCCAAUGAUGGAGAACAAUAACAGUGGAGAAGACAUGCAAAUGCUGAAUUCGUCAUUGGAACAAGAUGAUGAUCUUGCGACUGUGUUCUUGGAGUGGCUAAAGAACAACAAAGAGACUGUGUCGGCUGAGGAUUUGAGGAAAGUGAAGAUAAAGAAGGCUACGAUUGAGUCAGCUGCUAGAAGGCUAGGCGGUGGGAAAGAAGCAAUGAAACAGCUUUUGAAGCUGAUUCUUGAAUGGGUCCAAACUAAUCAUCUACAAAGAAGACGCACCACCACCACAACCAACAACAGCAACAACAAUCUCUCUUAUCAACAAUCAUACCAACAAGACCCAUUUCAAAACCCUAACCCUAGUAACAACAACAACAACCUAAUCACACCGUCUGAUCAAACCUGUUUCUCACCGUCCACAUGGGUUCCUCCUCCUCCACAGCCGCCACCACCACAACAAGCUUUUGUCUCGGAUCCUGGUUUCGGUUACAUGCCAGCACCCAAUUAUCCGCCACCGCCGGAGUAUCUUCCUUUAUUGGAAUCUCCACCGUCAUGGCCACAGCCACAGUCCGGUCCCAUGCCACAUCAGCAAUUCGCUAUGCCAAACUCACAGUUUGGUCCGUUUCAAGACCCCGGAGGUGGUUUCACAGGAUACAACAUGAAUCCUUAUCAGUAUCCUUAUCUUCCUUCUGGUCAAAUGAGAGAUCAGAGACUGCUACGGUUGUGUUCCUCGGCUACUAAAGAAGCAAGAAAGAAACGGAUGGCAAGACAGAGGAGGUUCUUGUCUCACCACCAUCGACACAACAACAAUAAUAACCAGAACCAGACUCAAAUGGUAGAGAACUGUGCCGCUGCGGUGGCUCCACAGCUUAACCCGGUGGGAACAAAUGCCACCGGUGGGACAUGGAUGUAUUGGCCUAAUGUACCUGCUGUGCCACCGCCUGGAUCAGCUCAGUUACCGGCGAUUGAGACUCAGUUACCCACCAUGGACCGAGCUGGCUCUGCUUCUGCUUUGCCACGUCAGCAGGUGGCACCUGAUCGCCGGCAGGGAUGGAAACCAGAGAAGAAUUUGCGGUUUCUCUUGCAGAAAGUCUUGAAGCAAAGCGAUGUGGGUAACCUCGGAAGAAUCGUCUUGCCAAAAAAAGAAGCUGAGACGCACUUGCCGGAGCUAGAGGCAAGAGACGGCAUCUCUCUCGCCAUGGAAGACAUCGGAACCUCUCGUGUCUGGAACAUGCGCUAUAGAUUUUGGCCUAAUAACAAAAGCAGGAUGUAUCUCCUCGAGAACACUGGCGAUUUUGUGAAAACAAAUGGGCUCCAAGAAGGUGAUUUCAUAGUCAUAUACUCCGAUGUCAAGUGUGGAAAAUAUUUGAUACGAGGGGUUAAAGUAAGACAACCGGCGGGACAGAAGCCGGAGCCUCCGCCGUCAUCAGUAGCUGCCACGAAGAGACAAAGCAAGUCUCAAAGGAGCAUUAACAACAACUCUCCCUCGGCGAAUGUGGUUGCAUCACCAACUUCUCAAGCAGUAAAAUAA